CGUUGAUCCGUUUCCCUACGGCCACCGUCCCACCUCGGUUUGAUGAAUCCGUCCGGUCUGAAUCCGAUGGGGUUCUCUCGGGGACAGCACGAAAAUGAUGGACGGAUUUGUCCGCCACCACAGUGGCAGUAUUUUCCCGCGCGCCACGAAACCCGUCAACCUGAAGUACAAGCUCCUUCAAGAGUAACGUAUACACGGCCCUCGCCAUCGUCAUCAUCAUCACAAUAUGGAUAUGCCAGUGCUCCUCGUGUGCAUCAGCAGCCGAAUCAUUAUCAACACCCACAGCAGCAGCAGUCGGUGUAUAGAAUGCAGAGUGAAGGGAUGAUGAUGCCUCCACCCAAUCCCAUUAUAGGAGGAGGCGGAGGGGCUGUGCCGCAACAACCGUUACAUCAUUAUCAACAGGAUGGAUAUGGUCCAAGUGGUCAAGGAAUCAACGACCGUGCUGUCGUUACUCCUUGUUCCUACGGUUUGCCAGGAGCCACACCUGUGAAUUGCAACACCUACCAUUCAGAAUCAGUACAUUAUCCCACACCUAGAGGCGGCGGGGUUGCUUCUCGAGUUCGUCGAUACCCCUCUGGAGCGGACGUGAGCUCCUCAUCGUCAUCUACCUGCGGAUUUGCUCCGGCGAACGUCAGAUCGCGCGAGCCAGUCUCAGCUGUUUAUGGGGCCUAUCGCCAAUAUGAUGCCAGCAGUGGCAACUCCUAUACGUACACCAGUCAGUCAGCGUUCAAGGCAACUACGGGAGCAAUGCGAAGCACAGCUGUUAUACUCCUCAUGGGCUCAUACAGUGAAGAGCUCUGUCUCAGCGCCAAGCAGGCCAUUCUAAUGGUGCCAGGAGUCAUUGCUGUUACCACUCAACAAGUUACAUGGGCUCGAAAACAGAAGGCGUAUGCGACUGUCUCGUUGGUCCGAGGGUUGAAUUCUGCGAUGCAGAACGCAUUAUUGAGAACACUGGAAGAGGCGGGAAUUCAGGCAAGUUCGAAAAAUCUGCGUUUCUCGUUAACGAAUGAGAGUUUUGAGCUGAAACUUCAACUAAGCAUAGAUGUGUUGGUGAUAAUAUGA